GAAGUUGUGCAACAGUGCUGGUGGAACUUUUCCAGUUUGCUACUACGUGUUUGACAAUUUCUCAUAUAAUUUCUCGUUGUCUCGUCGUUACGAAGAAUUUAUUAUUGUACUUUGCAGAUAUUAAAUUAUUUCUUAAAUAUUUUUCAAAAGCGUUGAUAAUUAUAAAGCAAUUUAGCUAAAAUUCAUUAAAAUUUUCUUGCUUGCAAGUAUAAUUUAGUUGAGGCUUAUCUUGUGUCUGGUGUGGUGCUCUGUAAGAUAGAAAUAUGGCAAAACUGACGGAUGUAUACCGAGCAGAGGAUGUGAUCGACGUUGGAUAUAGACAAAUUCCAGUGGUUGCAGGUUCUGCCGAUGAUUCUUCAUUAAUGAUGUUAAUGGAUUUGAGUACAAAAGGUCUCUGCAUAGAUAGCCCACAAAUCCGUGGAAGGGAGCUUGAAAUAUUUACACGCAAGUUUAAACUAUUAUCAGCAGAGGAACUAAAACAAUCGCUCGAAAUAGACAGUGUCACAUUUGUCUCCUUACUGAAUCAGUGUGUGCCAUGUGUAGGGUGUCGUCGUCGGGUUGAACGUUUAUUCUACCAAUUAACGCUGUCAGGAUAUCCGACUCUGGAUCCAUUGAUAUUAAAGGACACUUGUGUUCUUACUAUUCGCGAAGAUCUGAUGUUGGCACCGCAGGCUUUAGGCACAUUACUGUAUCGCCAUCAUGAAGUACUAAAUAAUUUGUUGGAUAGUAAAUUGAGAAAUAAAACUCGUUGUGCCCUGCAUUCAUUGGACGCCUUUCGCUCCAGGCCAUUUUCGGAAGUUUGGCGGGAAGUAUGGUUUUCCAUGAAGUACAAUUGUAGGGAUGAAUUGGCUACCAUCGAAACAAAAGAACUACACGAAGUACUCGAGAACUAUUUGAAAAAACACAAAUUCUGUCAAGGAUGUCGGAAUAAGAUCGAAAAGGCAUACCAAAUACUCGUAAACGAAACGACGUGCAAAGAAGGAUUCGAUGCGGCUUUGUAUGCGAAUAUUAGGAAACCGCAAACCGACAAAAAUAUUAAAAUAAUAACGAAAAAAGUUGAUUUCCUCGACGCUCUGAUAAGACGCGCCGAACCGGAAGUUAACGGCAGUUAUUCAAAGCAACGAGAACGUCAUGCGAAAACUCUUGAAAUUGCCCAAGAGGAGGUGCUAACCUGUGUUGGAAUGAUAAUGUAUGAGCGGCUUCGUCGUAUAUAUGUCAGUCUGCGUGAAGAAGAACGGGCCUGUCAGGUACUUGCUGCGGUCGGUGUUCAUGCUUUAAGUCGAAGUUUUGACAUGGCCGUGGAAAGAAAACAAGGUAUUAGCAAUUUAGAAUUACUAUACCAGGAAAUCAGUCGAGCCGAGAAGGUCAAAGAAUUAAGACGUGAACAAAAGAAACUGAAAAAGAAGUUGAAGAAAAUCGAAAAGAAAGAAAAGCUCUGUCGAAAAUAUGGUUCAGUGAAUGAUAUUGUCGAUUCUGAUAGAGCGGAUGAAGAUGGAGAAGAAGGAGUAGAGGAAAAAGAAGUAGAUGAUGAAAUGGUUGAUGAGGCAGUUGAUUUGUCAGGGGAAUUAGACGAAGAGUUGAAUAAGCUGGUAGAUAUUAUGGAUAAAAACUUGCUUACUGAAUUCAAAGAAGACUCUUCAUCAUCUGGUAAACUUCACCAAGCAACUGAUAAUGUGCCAUCUAAGUCUCCCACUCAAAAGAAACGCAAGCAAAGGAAACAGAAAAAGCACAAACAACCUCAGCAACCGUUGUCUAGCAGCAAAAAGAAAGAUACACCACAACAACAACGUGUACCUACUGUAGAUCAGUCCCAAACGGCGAUUGAAAGUUCCUUUGGCAGCUGCUGCGACAUUGAUGCAAACACAGUUGUUGCUAAAUGUGAUGUUUGUUUAACACCACAAGACCACUGUCCAUGCGAGAAUGAUGUACGUGACUCCGGUUAUGGCAGUGAAUUAUUAACACCUGAUAAUUCACCCAUCAAUAGUGCUACCAGUACACCAGAGGGUUCUGAAGUAUCGUGCUCUGAUGGAUUUUGUAAUCAUGAAAAUGGUCAAGACUUGGAGGACAUUGACGAUGUGGCAAGUAAUUAUUUAUGGCGAGACAGUCCCUUAAACCAAAAGCACGGAGCUAGAAACUGGCUGAGCUUGCAGCAAAUGCUGGAAAACUUCGAUGAAUACGAUGGCGACGAAGAGAACUGUUACAUUCCUCAAGAAGUGGUCCUGGAGUACCAAUGCCAGCGCGAGAAAGUGGAGCAACAACGUCAAAAGUUGCGUCAGACAUUGAGGGAGAAUUUCGCGCGCUUAUGUAAGCAGCAUAAAAGUGGCAAGUUACGGAGCAUCAAUGCGUCCAAUACUAACUCAUUAGGACCGGCUUGCAUCUAAUUACUGUAAAAAGUGAAAAAUCACUUAAGAAAAAGCAGUCUGAUAACUGCAUAGCAGUCCUUAAUAAUGCAUAAUGUGUUGCAACUCAAGAAUGGCUACGUACAUUUUUGAAUAAUUAUUAUUGUUUCAGCAAAUAUAUAUUGAAAUUAUUUAAUUCUAUGCAAAUAUAUAAAA